GUGAAGGAGAACUUAGGGUUAGGGUCAUGCACCUUAUCAUCCUCUAAAGCUCGAUCGAAACCCUAGUUCAUUUCUGCAACUGAAUUUCAUCUGCUCAUUAUCAUCUCUUUCGUUGACAUGGCACCGAACAAGGAGAAGACUCGCACUGGUUCUCACGGCGCCGAGCCCUCAGUACUCCAGAGAACGAAAUCCGAAGUCUCCCUCCAGAUCGCCAUGUUCGACAAGGAACCGAAGCAGAAGCAGGCGGCGGCCGUGGCCGAGGUCGAGGACGGCAAGUGCGAGUGCUGCGGCAUGUCGGAGGAGUGCACUCCCGGCUACAUCAGAAAGGUCCGCGGCAAGUUCUCCGGCAAUAUGAUCUGCGGGCUGUGCGCAGAGGCUGUGACGGAGGAGAUGGAGAAGAAUGGCGGGAAGAGAGAAGACGCCGUGAGCAAGCAUAUGAAUGCUUGCGCUAGGUUUAAUCGGAUCGGGCGGACUUGUCCGGUGCUGUUGCAGGCGGAGGGCAUGAGGGAGCUCUUGAAGAAGAAGAAGAAGAGCCUCAUCGGGUUGGGUGGAGAUGGAGAUAAAAGUGGUUUCCAGAGGAAGGGCGGCGGCAUUCAGAGAAGCUCAAGCUGUAUUCCGGCGAUGACCAGGGGGAUUACUGAUUUGAAAUUAGUGAACCAAUAAAGCUGCAUCAUCAUCAUCAUCAAUUAGUGUUUAAUUAUUUUACUUUCGAGAGCAGUUAAGGAUUGUACAUACAUAUAUAUAUAUAUAUAUAUAAUAUUACGUUUGGUUUUCAUGUUUAAACUUAAUUGCAGGCUGGCUCCUCAUUAAAAUCUUGAUGCUUUG